AUGAAAAUGACUGAAAUUAAUGAUGAUACUGAUAUUCCUGUGGCCAAGAAGCAGAGAACAAUGUCCCCAUCGACGUGCGAGAACGACUUGAAUGACGUGGAAUGUUUGGAGGUCAAAAGAGGCACCGAAGCUGAUGAGAUUCGUAACAAACUUGAUUCACGUAAAAGGCAACUGCUAUCUGAUUUUAUGUCCAUAUCAAACGCCGAAGAAGAUGCUUCAUUGUCAAUACUAGAGAGUUCUGGCUGGAAUGUAAACAGAGCGUUGGAAUUCAUAUUCGGAAAUGGAGAGGAUGAUGACGUCGAGGUGGCUCAAGUACCUGAAACGCAGUCUAGUUGUGAAAGUGCACCAGUAGAUCUUUCUGGUCUGGAAGUCUCCUUAGUAUCGUGGAAUAUUGAUGGCCUAGAUGGAAAUAGUCUCGCAACACGGUUUAAAGCGGUCUAUAAAAUUAUCAACCAAUUGAACCCCGACUUUGUGUUUCUUCAAGAGGUCGUGAGCAGGGAACUACCAACAAUUGAUCGCUUGUCAAAAAUGUACAAUAUUUUCUAUUCGAAUAAAGAUUACCUAUAUUAUACGGCAAUACUUGUCAGCAAAGUAUUCGAGGUUAAAAGGCACGAAGUGAUCCAUUAUGAAAACUCUGGUAUGGGCCGAACAUUGCAGAUUUUAGAGGGAAAAAUAGGUGUGCAAAGAGUGUUCCUUCUAAAUACUCAUUUGGAAAGCAUGCGAGAGCAUAGUAAAGCAAGGAAGGAACAAUUUCAAAUUUGCAUGAACAAAAUCCAAGAAUUGAUCUCCCAGCAUCCAAACUGCCUACUUUUCUUCGGCGGUGAUCUGAACAUUAGGGACGAAGAGGUUGCUAAUGUUCCUCGUGGCGUUGCGGACGCUUGGUUAGCGGCCGGUGCUAACAAGGACACCCAGUACACAUGGGAUACGCGAAAGAAUGAUAAUAAACACAGUUUUGGAGCCAGGAAUAGAUUUGACCGCAUAUUCUGGUACGGACCUUUGUCCAAAGUCAAGUUUUCCCUUGCUGGUCAACAAAGAAUCAGAAGCACACUCUGCUUCCCAUCUGAUCACUGGGCUAUUCAUUGUGAAUUUACGUGA